GCUCAUUUAAAUAUUCAUAAUUAAUUAAAUUUUGAGUAAAAGUUUCAAUUCUUUAAUAUUAUUGUCUACCAGUUAUCUUUAAUUACACUUUCAAUUCGUUCUUCUACUCGCACUUACCAUUGCAGAAUUUUUAAACACCAGUUACAACAAUAAACGUUUUGUUUCGUUUUAGACGUUUCACACGCCCCCUUUAAAGUACUCACGACAUCUUUCGAACAAAGGAAAUGAGAAAUCAACACCCACUUUCACACCCGGCCGUUUAGCAACUACAAUCAUUAGCGCCUCGAAUUUUCCAUAAUAGACAAGCAAUUAGACAGUAAAUUUGUCUGACCUGUCAAUGGCGAACUAAUAAUUUCUCUGCACGUAACAAUGAAAAUAUUUAAUAAAUAGGGAAACGUUGGAUAAUUGGUCAAGGCAUCUUUGGAAAAUCAUUUGGGCAUAAUACAUAUAUUUAAGGUUCUAAUGAAUCCUUUGUGCCUGAUAUUUCCUCACCGAAGGAAAGGAAACUUGAAAAACAUUAGAAAUUUUCGUUUCCAAAUCGUUUUUUUAGAUCAAACGAAUUAACUCCGUUGGAAUUACUAAAGUACCCAUUAAGAUGCGCCAAGUGUGUCAAACAAUGUUGCCAUUAAUGUACCGAGAAUUAGCAACUGUUAUAGCUCCUAUAGAUAUAGGAUAGAUAGCGCACGCGACGAGAUGUUUAUUGGGUGGUAUUGAACGCCCGUCACCAUUUUAGCUCCGCCUCUGGCGCGUGUGGUCUUGUCCAGCCCUGUGUACCACGUCAAUCUUUGUGGAGAUUUUAAGAGCGAUGAGUGAUUGCGAGAUCGACGUGGGCUGCUCGCCUCAGAGCGAUGCUGAUUCAACGGAAUUUAAACCAAAAGUAAGAAGAUCAAGAUUAUCAACUAAAACAUUGAACGAUAAAGAAUUACAGCAACUAAGAUUAAAAGUGAACUCGAGAGAAAGGAAAAGGAUGCACGACUUGAACAGCGCGCUUGAUGGCUUAAGGGAGGUUAUGCCAUAUGCUCAUGGCCCGUCUGUAAGGAAACUAUCAAAGAUUGCUACUCUUCUACUUGCCAAGAACUAUAUUCUUAUGCUGCAAAAUUCAUUAGCAGAGAUGAAGAAGUUGGUAUCUGAUGUCAGUACUCAACGAAUGAAUUUUCCGCCUCUUCCUCAAGUACCUACGAGAUUUCGUACAAAUCAUGGAUUUUGCGCAUGCGCCGAUUGCUUAACACCGAAACUUCCAUUGCCUUUGCUACCUAGUUCUAGUUUAAUGUCUCCGUCAUCAUCAUCAAGCUCAAUAUCGCCAAGUUCUUCCACGGCUAAUAUUUGAAACUGAA